AUGGAUCGGGGAGCUACUCGAUACCAGAGUGGCCUGAAUCGACCACUGGGUACUCCUCCAAGCUCCUCCGGCAAUCCCUAUGGACCGUCCGGCUAUUCCCAGGGAUUUGCAGCAGGCUCCGCUGGUCCGCACUACAGCAACGUCGGGAGGGUUGAGGGAGGCGGGUUGGGAGGUGCAAACCCUAGCAUGGCUGCACCCGUGUCCCCGUUCCAGAGUGCGUACGGCCAGCAGCAGCAGCAGGCACAGCAGGUGCAGCAGCAGCAGCAGCAGCAGCAGCAGCAGGAGUCGAACCAGCUAAGGUACCAAUACUUGAACCAGCAGCAAUUGCAACAGAGCCAGCAGCAGGAGCACCAACGGCAGUACCAACAACAGCAACAGCAACAGCAGCAACAGCAACAGCAGCAGGAGCACCUUCAGCAGCAGCAGCAGCAGCAGCAGCAGCAGCAGCAGCAGCAGCAGCAGCAGCAGCAGCAGCAGCAGCAGCAGCAGCAGCAGCAGCAGCAGCAGCAGCAGCAGCAGCAGCAGCAGCAAAAGCAGCAGCAGGUUGGGUCCGGAGCUGUGGCGAUGCAGGACGCCAACGCCUUGUGGGAGCGGAUUGAAGGGCUGGAGGCGGAUCUGCGCAGUGCACGGCUGGAGGCAGCGAGGGCGAGAGCUGCUCUGGAGGCGCAGGAGCACAGAUGCGCUGGACUGAUGGAGGAUGUGCGGCGGCUGGAAUCAGACAGGACGCUGUUGAAGAAGCAGGUGGACGCGUUCGCGUCUCAGCUGCACCUCACCAACUCGCAGCUGGCUCAGGCGCAGGCGGCUCUGCAGGCAGCAGAGGAGCAGAACAAUGCGCACUCCAACCAGUCGGAGGAGCAGGCAGCAGCGCUGCGCAAGGCAGUGGAAGCAGCAGGCAUUGAGAGGGAUGCAGCUGUGCUUGCCAAGGAGGACCUGGCAUCGCAGGUGCGGGUGCUGAAGAGACGACUGCAGGAGGCAGAGGAGGAGCAAUGCAAGGCAGAAGAGGCGUCAGCUGCCCUAGCAGCAGAGCUGAGGGCGCUGCAGCACUCAACAGAGGCCACAGUGGAUCGGGCAGGUGCGGCGUUUGCUCCCGACCCUGACCAGCUCCGCGUUGCCGAAGCUGCCAGAGAUGCCGCCAAGGCUGAGCUGCAGGACCUGCGCCAGGAGCUGACAGGCAUGCGGCAGCAGCUGAUAGCGGAGAGGCAGAGGGCGGCAGCGGCGACUGGAGGGAAGGAGUCGGUUGAGAAGCAGCUGGCAGCCGUGCAGGCGAGUCUGAAGGAGGCAUUGGAAGCAGAGGAGAGGCUCAAGAUCAAUGCAAAGGCGGAGGUUCGGCAAGAGGUGGAACGGGACCUCAGGUCCGACAUCGAGGCGGAAGUUCGGCAGAAGCUGGAUGCGGAGGUCCGGGAAGCGGCUGAGGCUGAGGCUCGGAAGGAGAUGGAAUCCGAGGUUCGGCAGGACGUGGAAGGGAAGGUUCGGAAGGAGCUUGAAGUGGAGGUUCGGGAGAAGUUGAAGGCAGAGGUUCGGGAGGAGCUAGGAAGGGAAGCUGGGAGAAGUGCUGAGGAGGACUCAAAGGCCAACAGUCAAGGAUUGGUGGAUGUGGGAACUCAAGCGUCGUCUGUGAGCGAGGAGGCUCGGAAAGAGAUCGAGGCAGCCGCUGUGGCUCGGAUUCGGCAGGAAGUGAAGGAAGAGGUUCGAAAGGAGCUUCGGAACGAGGUUGAGAAGCAGGUCCGGGAAGAGGUGACUGAGAAGGUUCGGAAGGAGGUGCGGAAGGAGGUAGAAUCGGAGUUGAAAAAGUCUAAGGCCGAUCCUGAGGGUGCUUCGACUGCUGCUGCUAGUGGUGGUGGUGGUGGAACUGCGGUUGAGAGUGGUGCAGAGGGUGAAGGGGACAAUGAGAGAGCGGAGGUGGAGGGUAAAGGUGAAGGAGUAGGUGAAGUUGUGGCAAGUGGAGGAGAAGGAGAAGGAGCAGGAGCAAGGGCGGGAGAAGGGUCGGCAGCAGGGGCGGCAGCAGGGGCAGGAGAAGGUGCGGGAGAAGGGGCGGGUGCAGGGGGAGGAGAGGCAAGUGAACCGGUGGGGCAGUCUAUUGAAGAGCUUGCACGAUUGAAGGAGGAGGCACAGAAAGCAGAAGCAGUGCGGGGUCAGCUGCAGCAGCAGUUGGAGAAGCUACAGGUGUCUCUGGCUAAGAAGGAGAAAGCGCGGCUGAGACUCCUGUCUGAGCUGGAGAAGCUGCAGGCGUCGCUGCCUAAGAAGGAAAAGGCACGGCUGAGCAUGCAAUCUGAGGUGAGCAUUCCUUCAGUCAAGGUGUGGUAUGCGGUUAAGUCACUGCAGCUGCAGCUGCAGAAGCAGGUGGAGAAACUGCAGGCGUCGCUGGCUAAGAAGGAGAAAGCACGGUUGAGACUGCUGUCUGAGGUGAGUGCUCCUUCCGACAAGGUGUGGUAUGCGGUUGUGAUAGAGAGACUAUUUGCGGAGAACUCAGGGCUGGCAGCGGGGCUCAAGGAGGUCUCUGCCAUUGCCGCCCGCUGGGAGGCUCAGGUGAAUGCAACAGAGGCUCAGGUGGGAACAACAGAGGCUCAGCCAGCAGGAACAGGAGAGUUAUUCGCAGCAGCAGGAGCAGCAGCAGCAGCAGCAGCAGCAGCAGCAGCUGGAGGGGCGGUGGGUCCGGGGUUAGGAGACACGGACACAGAUGCAGACACGGACGAUCCAGAGCUGCCAGUCUCCACCUCCCCCAGGCAACACCUGGAGCUGCCACCAGUAAACACCUCCCCCAGGCAACACCUGGAGCUGCCACCAGUAAACACCUCCCCCAGGCAACUUCUGGAAGUGCCUCCGUUUUCUGGUGCUGGGGCCUCAGCAAGUGGGGAAGAGAAUGGGGAGGUGGUGAUGGUGGGUCUGCAGGGGGAUGGCGUGAAGAUGGAGGGGUCAGGAGUGGUGGAAGGUGGUGGAGAGGAGGGGGCAGGGAAGGAGGAUGGGGAGAGGAAGGAGAUCGGGGAUGGGGUUAGAGGUGGGGAGGAUGGGGGAGUGAGCACGAGGAGGGGAGCGAGUCCGGAUAUGAUUGGCGGGAAAUCCAUGGCAGUUCUGGAGGAAGAGAACAGGAAGCUCAAGGACGAUCUCACUGCCGCCCAGAACCGCAUCCGCCAGCUGUCAGUGCAGGCGCUGCGCUCCGAUGCCAGCUGCACCACGGCCGUCCAGAGGCUAUCACAGACCAAGCGGAUGUAUGGCCCUCUGUUGAGCAGCAUCGAGCAGAAGCUUCUCCAGUACAAGCAGGAAGCGUCCCUGCAAGGGGAGAAGGGGGAGGAAUGGAGGAUAACGUAUGCAGGGUUGAAGUUCGCUUCAAAAGUGUGGGUCUGCUUCGGGCUGCGCCGCACCCACAUGAACGUGUUCCUGGUCAUGAACGUGUUCCUGGUCAUGAACGUGUUCCUGGUCAUGAACGUGUUCCUGGUCAUGAACAUGUUCCUGGUCAUGAACGUGUUCCUGGUCAUGAACGUGUUCCUGGUCAUGAACGUGUUCCUGGUCAUGAACGUGUUCCUGGUCAUGAACGUGUUCCUGGUCAUGAACGUGUUCCUGGUCAUGAACGUGUUCCUGGUCAUGAACGUGUUCCUGGUCAUGAACGUGUUCCUGGUCAUGAACGUGUUCCUGGUCAUGAACGUGUUCCUGGUCAUGAACGUGUUCCUGGUCAUGAACGUGUUCCUGGUCAUGAACGUGUUCCUGGUCAUGAACGUGUUCCUGGUCAUGAACGUGUUCCUGGUCAUGAACGUGUUCCUGGUCAUGAACGUGUUCCUGGUCAUGAACGUGUUCCUGGUCAUGAACGUGUUCCUGGUCAUGAACGUGUUCCUGGUCAUGAACGUGUUCCUGGUCAUGAACGUGUUCCUGGUCAUGAACGUGUUCCUGGUCAUGAACGUGUUCCUGGUCAUGAACGUGUUCCUGGUCAUGAACGUGUUCCUGGUCAUGAACGUGUUCCUGGUCAUGAACGUGUUCCUGGUCAUGAACGUGGUUCCUCGGUCAUGA